GAACAUAUUGACUAGAUAGAGCAGUCCUUGAGAGAUAGCAGCAUUCCUCACAGAGAUAGCAACUCAGCAAAUCCUAGGAUGAGCCAAAAGUCAGCCUAACCCUAUUAUGUUUGCCAAAAACUGCCUUAAAAGGAGAAGAUCUAAAGAAAGUUCAGAAGUUUACAGUGAGGAAGACUCACACACGACCCCCGCCCAGAGGAAGGCAACAGGAACCCCCACCGUGAAAUCUCCCCAAAUUGAAGACUCCGCCCAGACUCCGCCUAUAUAUGAAUAUUACAAGUAGAUGUUGCAAUUUAAUGAAUAUGCAUGAUUGUGUUGUAAUCCUAUACUCAAAAACUGUAUAAAAGAGCUAUGCUGAUUGUACACGACAGAGCUUUAUGGCCAGGGAGACCUGGAAGCUCUCCAACGCGUUGCAAUAAAAUACCUCCUGCUUUAAAGAAACAAACUUUGUCUCUAAAGCAGUUUCUCCGUGCCUUUUGGGGCAAAAUCCGGCAUCAAUGUAAAAAAAAAAAAAGUAUAAAAAUGAAUGGAUUUUGUUGCUUAAGAGAACAUGUUGGGAGGAGUGAUCCCCCGUGUUCUCAGUGAACUGAAUAAAAAAGUUCAAAUUGUUAUUGGAUAACUUUCUUUUAACCCAUUUGGUGACAACCAGGUCAGAUAGAGUAUUGGCCUCCACUGUUCUUUCUCCAAGGAUUGAGUGAGUGGCUCAAGUACAUUUAAAAGUUAGAGUCUAAAUUAUGAUGAUUGCACUGAUUAUUAAAAUUUUGGCCCAAUCUAGUUAACAGAAAUGUUAUGUAAUAGGAAAGCAUUGCCAAUUGCUAGAAAACCUGUGUAACAAUAAGCUACGUUGAUUGCUAAAAUCUUUACAUAAUAAUAAAGCUCUAAUUAUAACUACAGACUUGUGACCAGUUCUCACUCUACCCAGGAUCCUGGAAAGAACCUGCCUGUCACCUUAGGGUUGGGUGACAACCGGCUAGGAGCCAAAAGGUAACUACAAAGGGAAAACAAAAGCUGAGCGUGACUCAGAACCCUUUCCUGAGACUCACGCGGAGGCAGCAACUGUUUGCUUCCAGGAGGUUGUAUACAUAAGGCCUAUCUAAGGGCAGUUUGUUGUCAGCAAUGAAGUGAAACUUGUGAGACAGAGAGGGUUCAGCAGCUGCCAUGCCCUCCAUCACAUGCCAGUGCCAUAUCCUCCAAGUCACACCAGCCGGCUUGGAGACAUGCUUCCUGAUGCUUGUGAGCAAAGACCAGUGAGGACCUCCUGUUCUUUCAGUGAGUGCUCCACAUCUGUCUGAAGAAACACACUAACAAGAUUGCUGAAGAAAUACCCAGUGUAACAGUAGCAGUCUGAAAUCUUUAUGCUGGAUGCAAAAGCCUCUUGUCUCAUUUAAGAUUCCUGUAUCACUUGUUUUGGUUUUACCAGAAGAAAAAGAAACCAAGAGAAGAUGGACUGGAAUGUAGGACCAGUCCAGAAUGCUAAUGCAAAUAUGAACCUCCAAAGUGAAGGAGCGUGUCGCACUCAGUUGCUUUCUAAUGGACAUGCCUUUCCUCAGGCAAAUGCCAGCUCCUCUAAAAAUGCGUGCACUUAUGCUGAAAAUAAUCAAAUCAUGUAUCUGCCAACUAUCAAUGUUACCUUCCCUCUUGUGAAUGCUGAAGGAUUCAAAACUUCUGAUCAGACGUUACCAGGAGCAUCUGUAACUGGUAAUAAUUUUUUUAUGUCAAAAUACUCAGUUAAACAGCAUCCACAGAUGUACGUAACAGCUCAGAAACCUCCCAUUCAGCAGCCACCUUCUCAGGCAGAGAUUACUCAGACUUCUUGGCCAGUCUCUAAUCCCUACAAUUAUCCCUGUAGAAAUGUACCUCCCCUGUCUUCUCCAAUGACUGCUGGAAAUAACGUGAGGAGUGUACAUCAGGGGCCUCAGUAUGCCGCUACAAACACUUACACUGCGCAGCCACAAAUACUGCAGCAAAAUUCUAUGAGACUUGCAGCAUUAUAUCAAAGUAGCCCUCAUUCCCAGAAUAAUUCUGUGUCUUUUGGUACACCUGGGCAACAAGUCCAAAACCAAAUAUUUCAGUCCAGUGCUCAGUGCAAAGGUUCAUACCCAGUGAAUCAAAAUACUGAAACAAAUGUACAGCUCCCACAAUUUCAGCCAAGUCAGAUGGAAUCACAAGCUCCUAGAGGAUGUUCUGCGCCAUCUUUGUUGCCUGCCAACUGUGUUUCAAGAGCUACUCCACAAUCUUCAAUAGGUGUACCACAGGAAGUACAAAACAUGCCUAAUGGAUACACCCUUAGCCAACAGAGGAGCCCACUGGAUCAAAAAAAUUCUUCUGGUUUUAACAGCAUUCAGCCACAAUUUCAGAAGCAGCAAUCUGGAGAAGUCAGUCAAUCAGUUAGGAGUUUCUGUAAUUCAAGUGGAAGUGUGACAGCAAAUGGGUCUUUUAGUGAAAUGACUGUGCCAUCCCCUGGCAUUCCCGAAGACCCGUUUGAUAUUAUAAAAGAAAUAGAAGCUCUUUCUUCAAAGCCACCAAGUGAUCCUCCUUCAGUUCAAGAAAGCCAGACCAGUAGCUUAAUGAAUGGGCCUGUUAAUUCUCAACUUUAUUCAGCAACAGUAGAUGAAAGAAAAAUUGUAAAGGACAGACUAGCUUGGGAAGCUGAGAGACUGUACAGUAUUAAAAAAAAAUGUGCCCUGCUUGAAAGGUAUUUUAAAAGAAAAGUCUUAGCAGCUUCAAAGUAUGACAAAAGCAUUCUCCCUCCUCCUCCCAGUUAUCACUGUACUGCUGCUAAUUGUCUUCCAUGGGUGCCCAAACAAAAUAUACCACCUUCCUCAACUCAAACAGUGAUGACAGAGAUUUCACAUGAAGAAAGAAAGGACAAAAAUCCAGCCAAUGCUGAUAACAGAAGGUUAGAGGGGACUCAAAAUAACCCCCAGGUGGCACAGGGAAGCCUUCCAUCAAACUUAGCUCCUGUUCCCUCUCAAAGCAAACUCGCAGCUCAAUUAAAUAAUCCUGAGAGCGCUCCCACCUUGGAACAACAGGGUGUGCACGCCUUGGCCUCCUCUCAAGAAACUGCGGUUUCCUCGAACAGUGCUUCAUGUUUUAGUCAAGCAGGUAGCUCUACCAAAAUUGCUUCAAAGAGUGUGCAAAUUAGCCCCGAGAACUCGUCGUUUUUUCAGUUUGUAUUAAGCAGCACAAAUGUAUUGAAAGAGAAGACAGCUGGCGCUACUGCUGAUAAAAUACUGACCAGUCUCCUGUGUAAUGAAAAACAAACGCUAGAUACAUCUGUCUCAGGUGAAAGCUUGCAAAAAGACACCAGUGAGAGGAAUGUAGAAAGAUCGAAAGGUGAGCAGGCAUCUGUGGUUCACACAAACUCUCCUGUGUCGCAAACAACUAAAUCUGAUGAAGCUAAGUUGCAGAAUGAGGUAGCUCAGAAAAAAAUGCCGUUUACUGAAAAUACAUCCUGUAAACAGAUCAAUUGUACUUACUCUAUGGAAGAGCUAACUGCAUGCCUGAGCUUGUGGCGGAAGCAUUCAUCAGAAUCUGUAAAUUUGCAAAAUAAACAGUCAAGUGAAAGCCCCACGGCAAAUCAGAUUUCGCCCUCCAGCCAAAACACAAAAAAGAGAGAACAAAAUAAUGUUCUGGUUAGUAUGGAUGAAGCAGUUUUGCCCGUAACAACUACCUCUGUAGGACAAAAACUUGAUACACUGACUUCCAGUUUGAUAAAAAAUGUUGAACCUCAGGUUGCAGUUGUCUCUCCUUUAGUACUUUCUGAACAGAGAACACAGAAUGAGCAAGCAGACAAAAUCCCAACAGCUGAAGAUAAAACCUAUCCAGUGAUUGAUUUGGAGAGCUCUUGUAGCUUGCAAGAAGUUGGGGAAAAUGGUUUAAAUGUGGCAAAUACUGACAAAGGAGCAGUAGAAAAUGCUUGGUCAUCACCCAGUGAUUGUGUUCUGGAACAGAAAGUGGACUCCCAUUUACAACAGAUCAAAUUAGGUGAUGAAAACAGAAGAGUAAAAACCAGUGUAAAUGGAAAUGAUUCAUAUAAUGAAAACCAAAGGAAGGUUAACCAAUCUGCACAAGAUUCCAGAGAAAAUCUGCAGCUUGGAUUACAAAACAAGAUUUCUCUUCCUGAACUGGGCAUAAAUUUUUCUAGUCAAAUCUUCCAAGAAGGUGUAAGAGAUCAUAAAGACAAGCAAACUGUGUUAGAGGCAGGAGAUACAUCCACAGCUGUGUUGGAAGAUCAAAUGUUUUGUAUUUCUAGUGUAUGUUCUCUUGUAGAAGGUGAUAAAUUUUAUAAUCCACAAAUAGCAGGCAUCUUCAGGUCAGCGUAUGAGACACAUGCAUCCGAAGGAAAUGGAUCGGAUGCAAGGGAAAAGGAACAACAUCUGGACUUGCAUAAAAAAAGGCUGACCAGUAACACUCCCCAGAAAGAGAGCUUGCUGCUAAAGAUGUUGGAAGAGCCAUCAAACUGCACGAGUAAAGUAGAUAAGAUUUUGCAUGGUAGCACAAUGAGUCAUUUGGGGAAAGAAAGCAGUGGCAAUCCUCUUAAGGUAGUUUCUACCUCAGAACAAAACAUGUCAUACGAGGCAUCUUUCAAGCAUCCUGAAAAUUGCUUAGAAAAUCUUGCCAAUAUAAACCAGAAGUUAGCUCAAAAUUCCCUAGAUUCCUCUAUCAGCAUAACUGCUGGAACAAAGGCAUCCACUGUUCCAGGAGGCAACAGUAAACAAAAUUUCAUGCCCACUAAAAAUAGCACAGAAGAGAUAAACUCUUUUGGAGGAAAACCUUGUAAAUACCUAAGCAAUCAGCUGGCUAAACUAGUGAAAGAGUUUCCAUAUGGCAUUGAAAGUGCUGAUAUGCUAAGAAAAGAACCAGCACAAAGUCAUUCUGGGGCUGAAGGGAUAGAGAAUCAACCUCAAAAAAAGAUUAAAAUAUGUGACAAGAAUUCUAAUUUGAAGGACCCAGUAAAUCAGAUAAAAAUUGCAGUGUUAAGCUCUGAUCAGGUUCAAGAACUUUUUCCUGAACACAAACAGUGCCCCUCUAGUGACAACAAGAGAGCAGUGAGUCAACAGUCAGAAAAAGCUUCAGCUGAGGAGAACCCUGAAGGCAGUGUUCAGCCUACUCAGAGUCUGUGUGAGAAAGAAAAAAAAACUCAAGAAAAUUCCAACCCCAGUGAAAAAAACGAAGAUUGUUCAUUAACGGGUUGUGUAUCUGUAGGAUGUAAAAUGCCACAUUGUCCCGGUAAAUCAGGAACAUCUGGCUCAGAGAAAAAUGAUUGUCAACUUUCAGAAGCUGAAAAUAGCAGCUCUGCAGAGAGACAAGAAAACAACAGUAAAUCUGAUGCCCUAACAAAGAAAAACUGUGCAGUUGGAACCCAGACAAUUUCUGAAGAAAUCUCAAACAGUAUUAGCGAAAAUAAAGAAGAUAUUUGCAAAUACACCUCUGCAAUGAACACAAAACCUGGGCUGAACAUGAAUGAUGAACAUAUACUGCCCACAAUAAAACAGGAAAAUACUGAACCAGAUAAUUGUUUUGAAAACCAAGAUGCUGAUAAAUACAAAAGCAGCAGCUGUAAAGAAGAGCUGCAAACUGACAAAGGAACCCCACUGCCAAGCAAAGAAUGUCAUUCUGACAAAAAAGAACAUCAGACAGUCUCAGAAGAAGUGCUGGAGAAAACUAGUCACACACAUGCAGACAACAUGACAAAGUCAUCUGGAAAGAAAGAGAGAGUUUUCAAAACUGAGUUAUUUUCAAAAGAUAAACCAGGUUUGACCAUGAAAUCCAGAACUCACAUUCACAAAUUUAAUAAGUCAGAAACUGUAGAAAUUAAGCACUCUGAAGUCAAUCAAGGGGAAAAUAUUAAAAGUUGUGAAGAGAACUCAGCUGAAAGACAGAACUGUAGUAAAGAAAAGGAGAUGCUUGGGCAAGAUGUAGGAAUUAAUGUCAAAGAGAAAGGUAAGCUACCAGCAGAAAUAAAACAUAAAAAGCUGAAUAGUUACCGAGCUGAUGCUGUAAAGUUCUCAAAUUUUGGCGCUGUAGACUUUAAGUCAAAAACCUCGAAAUACUCUCCACAUAAGUCUGUGAAAGUUCAUCCUUCGCAGGAGCAGGCGUACAAACGGAAGAUGAAGGAAAACCUGAUGGGGAAGAGAGAACUUAAGAAAGCAAAGGUGGAAGAGGAAAGACUGAAACAAUCUGAAGCAAAGAAUUUUAAGCAGGUUGCACAUAAUUGCGUGAUAAAUUCUGACAGAGCUAAAAAAUUGAAUGGAGAAAGUGUCUGGAAACCAAAGAGUUCCUUAGCAGAUCACUCUGUGCUUAAACUACAGAGAAAAAGGGCUCUAUCUUCUACCAUGUCUAAAAACUACUUUUCUAACAAAGAAAGACGUCUCGAUGGUCAAAACAAAGACAAGUGCUCUGAGAAAAUGUUUCCUGAUAAAAACCUGCUAUACAUAAACAGAAGAAAUAACAGACUGAAGUUGCAUCUUCAGAAGGAGCCAAAAAAACACUACCUGAACAGGGUUGCGUUUAAACGUACAGCACAGGAACGCAUCUAUCUGACAAAAUUAGAGACAUCACCUGUCAGACCCGUCUGGCAUAGAAAAAGCAAAGUGUCACAAAACAGUGAUUCGAAAAAAGAUGCGUCUGCCCCAGCAGUCGAGAAGCCAUGCAAGCAGGAAGUACUUGAAUUUAAGCUGUGUCCAGAGAUACUGUUCAGAAAUCCAACCACUGGUGAAGAAAGCUUAGCUGUGAAGAAUUCCCUGGAAAGAGAUAAAGUCGUCGUAGCAGGUGUCAAGAGUAAAAAAGAAGAUUGGUUAAAAUGUGAACCACUGAAGCAAAAGAAAUUGGAAGAGAUCUCUAAAGGUGAAAUGCCAUCUGAGUAUCCAGUUUGAAAUAUAAGUUAAAUACUCUUUGCUUGGUUUUAAGUGUUCCUUUACAGUAGCAAACCUUAAUAAAGCAUUUCAACUUAUUCUUUACUAGUUCUGCUGAUUAAAUGGUUACUGUAGAGUAGACAUAAAUUUCAAAGACCUGUGGAGCUUUUUACUGCCUUACAAAUAUACUGUUGGAGAUCAUUGAAAUUUUCCUGCAUACCUGUGUGCAGUUGACUUGGGUGUAGCACUGGUAACAACAUUCAAGUACAGUUUUAAAUUGUAGGUAAAUACCAAGCUAGCUCUUUCACACUUUAAAAUGUAGGAAGUGAUGUAGCAAAAUCCCGUGUGAGACUUUAAAAACAGAAAGUGAUUUUUUAAUUUUUUAAUCUAACUUUCCCAGUAUGUUGCUGCUGUCCAUGCAUAUACCUGUGCUCUCAAGUUCCGUGACCUGUGUCCCAGUAGUCUGGUCAAGGUUACUUGUAUGACUCAUAAAGGAAAAGUGGGGCCACUACUACUUCUUCCUUGUUUUACUUGAUUGGCAAAUUGCUUUUUGGAUGGUCUUUUAUACUCUGUAGGAGUCAACUGUUACAAUAACUGCAUAUUUCAUCUUGGGAUCUUGCUUGUUCCAUCCUUUGUGAAUCUUGGGUGAGGCUGCUCGCAACUGUCUUUGCUUCUUUGCUUUAAGUGUCUUCCUAGCUAUAGUCUUGUUUUUCCACUCAUCUGAAAGGAAACAAAGUGGUGCAUGCAGCAUGCUGUGUAGCCGUGUUGCCAUCCGCUUCCUAACUUGUCAGCAGAGGACUUGCAUGCUCAUAUCUGUGUUGUGGUGUUGAUGCAAGCAACGUGUUCUGCAACAUUUGUAUCUUUUAAUGCUGUUGCCUGUGUCCUUGGCUAUUGGUCUCUGCCAUCCUUUUAGCCCUUCCUCUUGCUUCAUCUCUUAAGUUUCACAAAUGCACGUUUUGUGUCACACCUUUCUUAAUAUUCUUCGGAAAUCUCGGGUGCGACGACACCCAGAUGGCCUUUUAGUGCUUAAAGAUACACUGGAGAUUGAUUUAAAUCUGAGGUGCCUGCUGCUUUAGGAAGGAAGUUUGUGGAGUCCUUUUUGACACACUGGAGGGCCUUAGAUAUCAUCUGCAUAAGGAGUAGAGUCCUUUGACGCUCAGACUCUUGCUUUAACCUGCUUGUC